GGCGGCGACCAGUUUUGGGCCGGCGGUCUGCCAGGACCUGCGGUGCAUGUCGGGUCGGGCCACGUCGGGGCCGGGCCGGGAGACGGAGGAGCGAGAUGAAGUUGCUCAGCAAAAUGAUCGAGCGGGACGACUCGGGACAAGUCACCCUGAUGCCGGAAGAGGCAGAGGACAUGUGGCACACGUACAACCUGUUGCAAGUCAAUGACAGUCUCAGAGCGUCUACCAUCAGAAAGGUGCAGACGGAGUCGGCCACGGGCAGUGUGGGCAGUAACCGGGUGCGAACCACCCUCACCAUCUGUGUGGAGACCAUCGACUUCGAUGUCCAGGCCUGUCUGCUGAGGGUGAAGGGGACCAAUAUCCAGGAGAAUGACCACGUGAAGAUGGGAGCAUACCACACUAUCGAGCUGGAGAUGAACCGUACGUUUACUUUGGCCAAGAAACAAUGGGACAGCGUGGUGUUGGAACGGAUUGGUGAGUCUGCCGUGAUCUUGGG